AUGUGGGUGGUGAAGCUGGAGCCCGACAUCAUGAGCUACAGCACGUGGCAGCCGGCCCCGUCGCUGCUCAGCGAGAUGUCGGUGGCGAAGCUGGCACUUUCCAUCCUGAGCCACAGAACCCCGACCAGCGUGUGCGAGAAGCGCUGGCAGUGGCAGCCAGCCCGAUCGCUGCUCAUCGAGAUGUGGAUGGUGAAUAUGGAGCCCGCCAUCGAGAGUUUCCGGAUCCCGAUCCGCGCGUGCGAUCAGGGAGGGCAGUGGCAGCUAACCCUCUCGCUCCUCCGCGUGAGGUCGGUGGUGAAGCUGGAGCCCGACAUCCUGAACUACAUCACGUGGCAGCCAGCCUUUUUGCUGCUCAGCGAGAUGAUGACGAGAGGAAUCGGAGGAUCGGCGACGCGAUCGCUGCUCAAGGAGGCAUCGAAGCUGCCAGGGCCGCCAUGGUUGCCGCAUAUGCGGCCAUCGGCAUCCAUAUGA